UCGCGCGCACCGACCGUGACUACCUCCCUCUCCCCUACAUUCAAACAUGGCGAAACUCUUUGCCAUAAUCCCACCACCUCCCCCCGUACCUUCCUCCACUUCAGCGCUACCGUCCCAGCAGACACCACCGCCUUCGCCCUCUCCAUCCCCGUUAUCCCCGGUACCGUGAUGACCCGGGAGGAUGGAGAAGCUGUCGGCGAGCCUGUCGGAGAUCACUUGGAGCCCGUUGGCACUGCCGCUGGACGCGGUGGUCAGCAAGUUCCGUCUGCCCACUCUGGUCCGUUUGGCCCACGGUGAGUGUGUGGAGGGUCUGUCGGAGGAGGAUGUGGUGCUGUUACACUCCUGCCGUCAGUGGACCACAGUGACGGCCCACAGCUUAGAGGAGGGACACUACGUCAUCGGACCCAAGAUUGACAUUCCUCUGCAGUACCAGGGUAAGUUCAAGUUGUUGGAUGAAGACAGAGACGUCAGGGAUCCCAUCCAGUUUUUCUCCAGCGUGGAAGAAGUUGCUGGAGUUUUUCCCGACCGGGUCUUUGUCAUGGAGACAAUCACUUUCAGUGUAAAGGUGGUCUCAGGGGAAUUCAGUGAGGACAGCGAGCCCUACAGCUUCACUCUGGAGGCCGGGGAUGAGCUGUCCCUCAUGGGGAAGGCGGAGCUUCUCUGUGCCACACCUCCAAAGGAAAAGACGGGACUCAGCGCGCUGCUGAGGCGCCUGGGAAAGACCCCCAGAAGUAAAACUCCGUGCCUGGUCUGCAUGAACCACCGCACCAACCAGAGCGUGAGCCUGCCCUUCGGCUGCCGGGGCCGCUUCUGCACGCGCUCCCCGCUGGAGCAGGGCAUGCUGGGAGGCGAGCACACGGUGCGCAGCAUCAUCGAGCGGGUGCGGCUCCCCGUCAACGUGUCGGUGCCGUCGCGGCCGCCCCGGAACCCCUACGACCGCCACGCCGUGCGGGAGGGCCACCGCUACAAGCUGCUCAACAUCGUGAGCAAGACGGUGGUGCUGUGCCUGGUGCUGCGUGGGCCCGAGGUGUCGCCCUCCCACUUCCUGCUGCUGCGCUGCAUGCCCCGCUUCAACGCCGCCGAGGCCUCGGCGCCGGCGGCGGCCCUGGAGGGCCUCCUGCUGCGCCACGCCUUCGACCCGGACGCCUACUCCCGCGCCGUGCGGGAGACGCGGCCGGAGCUGGAGUGCGUGGCGGAGGAGUGCGUGAGCCCGCGGCGGGCGCGCCCCUGCGGCGCCGGCCAGGACCCGCUGGCGCCGGCGCUGCAGCGCCUCUCCGCGUGCGGCUACGUGGGCGGGGUCUCGGACGGCCUGCCGCCGCCGGCGCCGCGCUGCAGGGACUCGCUGGGCGAGCGGCUUGGGGAGGGGCCCGGCGAGGAGAGGGAGUACGUGACCCCCGAGUGGACUCAGGACGAAAUGAGGACCAGUGAGGAGAUCCCUUACGAGGAGCUCUGGACCAAUCAGAACGCAGAGGGCUUGGGAAAGGAGCCCAACCUAAUAUCCUUCCAUUCGUCUUCCUCACUGGACGGCCCCGUCGGUACCGUGGUGACCAGAGUGUCUACGCCUCCACCUGUUCCUCCAAAAUCUGAAGCUGUGAGGGAGGAGUGUCGCUACUUGAUUGCCCCCCCGGUCCCCCCUCGCUGCUCCAAAGGAGGCUCCAUCUCCAGCCCGGCCCCCAGCCCUCCGGUUCCACCUCGCUUCCCCAAAAUCUCCACCUCCCCGAGACCAAACCUCUCUUUCUACUCCUCCGGACUGCAUGACAGCUGCUCGCCGUCCCCGGACGCCACCCUCUAUUGUUACCCCUGCUCCUGGGCAGACUGUCCGGCUCCCAAUCCGGCCAGUCCCGAGCCGGCCUCCUUCCCUGCGGACGGCACGGCCGGCCCCCAGCCCGCGCAGGCCGCCUGGGCCGAGCCCUGGGCCGAGCCCUUCUCCUCCUCCUCCGGCCCCCGACUGCGGCCGCCGCCCCCUCAGAGUCGCUUUGCCCCCUUCGGCGCGCUCAACCCCUUCAACCGCCACGAUUUGCGCACCACCUCUACCUCUCUCGCGUUGCGCUUCAUCUUCGUCUCGGUGGAAAUUGACUGA